AUGGCCGAAACAAACGGGUCGCGAGGCGAUAAUCGCCUUCUGAUUGUUUCCAAUCGUCUACCGAUCACAAUCCGACGUUCUGAUGGAGGAAAGUAUGAGUUUUCUAUGUCGUCAGGGGGACUGGUCACUGGGCUGAGCGGUCUGUCGAAAACAACCACCUUCCAAUGGUAUGGCUGGCCAGGUCUGGAGGUUCCAGACGACGAGAUCGACUCGGUGAAGAAGAGAUUGAAGGAUGAAUUCAAUGCGAUCCCGGUGUUCAUGGAUGACAAGUUGGCCGACCGCCACUACAAUGGCUUCUCCAACUCGAUUCUGUGGCCCCUUCUGCAUUACCACCCGGGUGAGAUCGUGUUCGAUGAGGGAGCCUGGGACGCUUAUCGCGAGGCCAACAUGCUGUUCGCCAAAACAAUCGCACAGGAAGCGCAGGAUGGAGACAUGAUCUGGGUCCAAGAUUAUCAUCUCAUGCUUCUGCCAGAGAUGUUGCGUGAGGAACUCCGGGCCGCAGGCAAGAAAAACAACAAGAUCGGAUUUUUCCUGCACACCCCUUUCCCCAGCAGUGAAAUCUACAGAAUCCUCCCCGUUCGAGCCCAGCUUUUGCGCGGUGUCCUGCACUGCGACCUGAUCGGGUUCCACACUUAUGACUAUGCUCGUCAUUUCCUGAGCAGUUGUUCUCACUUGCUAGGCCUCGUCACAACGCCAAGCAGCGUCAAAUAUGAAGGCAGAUCUGUCUCCGUGGGCGCAUUCCCCAUCGGCAUCGAUCCCGACAAGUUCACCGAGGGGCUGAAGACCCCCAAGGUGCAGAACCGCAUUGCCAGCCUCGAAAACAAGUUCCAGGGCACCAAAUUGAUGGUCAGCGUAGAUCGCCUGGAUUACAUCAAGGGCAUCCCCCAAAAGUUACACGCCCUGGAGGUCUUCCUUCAGAACCAUCCUGAGUGGGUGGGCAAGGUUGUCCUUGUUCAGGUCGCCGUUCCCAGCCGACAGGACGUUGAAGAAUACCAGAAUCUGAGAGCGGUGGUCAACGAACUCGUGGGCCGAAUCAAUGGCAAGUUCGGAACUGUGGACUACAUGCCCAUCCACUUUAUGCACAAGUCAGUCAGUUUCGACGAGCUUAUCGCCCUGUAUGCUGCGUCGGAUGCCUGCGUUGUCUCCUCUACUCGCGAUGGCAUGAACUUGGUAUCGUUCGAGUACAUCGCAACGCAACAGAAGCGCAAGGGCGUGUUGAUUCUUUCCGAAUUCGCUGGAGCCGCUCAAAGCUUGAACGGCAGUCUGGUUGUCAACCCGUGGAACACUGAAGAACUGGCGAGGGCAUAUCACGAGGCCGUUUCAAUGAGUGAUGACCAGCGCGCUCAGAAGUUCGAGAAACUUUACAAGUACAUUUCCAAGUACACCAGUGCUUUCUGGGGCAAAUCGUUCGUGGCAGAACUACUUCAGUGCUCGACAUGA